AUGCUAAACUUCCUGCUUUGCAGUCCUCCGGGGAGGCUGUGCAUAGCCCUAGCAUGUGUCCUGUCCCUCGGGAACACAGUGUCUGCCAUCAAAGGAGAAGCUAAGAAACAAAAGGGGAUGAGCUUCCUAUCUGCUGGCAUAACAGGGUCUGUCUUUAAAGAAGAGUGGAAGGAGGAAGGCCUGGCAUUUCUUGCUUCCACAGAGUUGCCUGCAAGGUCUGUUGAUCUGUCUGCACUUAACCUGACGGAGGUUGUAAACAGGAUGCUAAGCAGAGCUUUGAAAGAUAGCAGGCGGUUCUUCUCCCUGCUGAGCAUUACCUCUUACAGUUCCUUCGCCUUCCACAAGGUCUCCCUGGCCAUCUACAACAUUUCUAACCUGAAGACAGUGGACACGGCCAGAUUCCCCACAAGGUUCUGCUACUGUCUCAAUAAUCGGACCAAUGACCUAUCAGAUUUCACAGCCCUCCUGGUAGACGUCGUGGGGAACUCCACUGGCUCCCUCACAGAGGUUUUCAGGUCCACCUCUCUCCUCUCAGUGAGUCAGACCGAUGAAUCCGACUGCAUCUUCAUCUGCGUGAUGGCCGGGAAGGCAGGAAGGAAUCUUUCUGACUUCUGGGAUAUGGCAGAGAAAUCCCCAGUCAUCAACUACACAUUCACGAGCAGCAUAUCUGGUGUUCUGGGUGCAGCUACCAGGAAAACUGCCAGGACUUCCAAGCCCAUAACCCACACCCAGCAGAUGCUCCCAACGACAACUACCAGGACAAUGCCUGCAACACCACGGGUGCCUGCCAAUGGACAGACGCAGGCAUCUAUGCCCUCGACGCCUAGAGCUCAGACCACUGAAGAGAAAACCCCUGGGGGGCCUCCCUGGGAGACUCACUCCUCCACACCCACAUCUACAGGGGCCCAGGAGGCCCGGGGCACAGCGAGCUUUCUGGGGCCUGCUGGGACAGUGGGCCUGGCCAGCAGCCCCACCCAACACAGCCCAACCUCAGGAACAGUCACUUCCAGCACACAGACUCUGAGUCCAACCAAGGCUCCACCCCCUAAGGAUGUGCAAAUAGGUGAUGCCCCUGAAGAGCGGCCGUUCAGCCCUGGGAGAGAGGCAGCCCCGGCCCCAGCUCCUCACCAAGUAUCGAGGUGUCCGCAGUCGCUCCUCAAAGAGGGGACCAUGACAGCACCUCCCAUCACCCUGGCUAUCCAGAAGUUCACCCCAUGCCUGAUGGAGCUGUGUCGCUUUUUCCAGCAAUGCCUUUGUGGGAGUCAGGGGAGGAACCCUACAACAGAGACUAUAAGGUACUGUCUGGAAUACUACUCCUGGUUUCUGAAGAACGCAACUUUGGUCUGUCAGAAGGUGAAGAGGGUGAACCACUCACCCACCCUAAAGCAAAAAUGCCUUGAGAAUAUCUGCAGGUUGGUGUGAGGACCGAGGGAUGACUUCAGGCAAUGACUCUUCACCCUGGCACUUGUCCCAGCUUGGUUAUAUUUACAGAAUCCACAUAGGCUCCAGCUGGAUCAACCACAAUUUUUUUUUUUUUUUUUUCGGAACCAGCGAUUGAACUCAGACCCUUGCGCUUGCCAGGGAAGCGCUUAUUCUACUGAGCCAUCUCCCCAACCCCUUCAACUAUGAAUUGAAGAUGGUUCUUUCAGAAUUUGCACUUAUUUUGACCUUUGAAUCUGUGUAAAGCAUUGAAGGGGGAGGCCUCAAGAUUAGUACAAUGAUACUGGACUCCCCGACUUGCUUCAAAGUCAUAGAAACUUAAUGUCUGUGCUCAAGAAAUUCCUACAAAGUUUGCAAAAAUUCAAAAUCUGGAUAAUCAGGCAAGGGUGUGCACACUUUUCCAAACACACCAGUCCAACUCAGAGACUCUGGCACCAGAGCUAAGUCCAGGACUUAAGUUCAGGACUUCAGAGGAUAGACUGGGGAGAAAAACCUGAACCUACAGUCUGGAGAAAAGCACAUAUGAUCCUUUGAUCUAGUUAACUAAAAUUUUGUUAUGUACAAUGAAUUUGACUUGCCAUACUAUGAUAAAGGCUCAGAGUGCAGGAAAAAAUGAGUGGGACUGGCUUUCCACAGUCACACCGUCUGUCACAACAGCAGCAAUAGCAGGGGCUAUGCAGAGCCCCAGAGCAAACUGAUAAGUAGGGGCUCACUGGUUUUCUGGUGUCUGAAGGAGUCAGCCCCUCCCCCAGGCUACCUAUGUCCUGACUCAGGGCUAAGAGUAAGCCUCAGGGUCAUACUCUAGCUGAGUUCCAGGUCAUGCAUGUGUGGCUAGUAGUGCUUAGCAGAUGACGUGAGAAAUGGAAUCGCUACAUGCUCCAGCCAAUGACAGCAAUGGUAUGGCUACACGUGGCAUAUCACUACAUCACAUUUUCUUUAUUUUCUUUUUCAUGAAUUUAGUACAAGGUCG